GUCAAAUUAAUGGAAAUUGGCGAUGACGUAAUUUUUCAGCGCGGAAGGAACACAUUGAGUCUGAGAGGUCGUGUGUGAAUUGUGUUUGGAAAUGAUAAAACAUGAGACAUUCAUCAUGCACUGAAAGUUACUAACUAUAAUGCACAACAACAAAACAUACAGGGAGUAAUAAUUAUAUUUGUGUCUCUAAGCAAAGAAGAAGCCAUGCUGGGAAAUUUGAAGAUGUUAACUAAAAAUCCCUUUAGGACGUAUAAUGUUUAUGUUCAGUGCUUGCAAUGCUGGAAAAGAAGACUUGUGUGCAAUAAAAGUUCAAAACACAACUCCUUGCAGAAGAGACAUUACAGCUUUCCCGCGGGAGAUGUCAAAUCCCUGCGGACUGUUAUCAGCCCUCCAAUAUCCAAGAUCAGAAACAUAGGAAUCAUGGCUCAUAUUGAUGCCGGGAAAACCACAACCACUGAAAGAAUGCUUUAUUACUCUGGAUACAUUCGAGCUCUUGGAGAUGUUGAUGAUGGAGACACUGUGACCGACUUUAUGGCACAAGAAAGAGAACGAGGCAUCACCAUUCAGUCUGCUGCAGUCACUUUUGAUUGGAAUGGACACAGAAUCAACCUGAUUGACACACCAGGUCAUGUAGAUUUUACUGUAGAAGUAGAGCGCUCAUUGAGGGUACUUGAUGGAGCAGUUGCUGUUUUUGAUGCUUCAGCUGGAGUGGAGGCACAAACACUGACAGUGUGGAGACAAGCAGACAAACACUCUGUACCACGUCUGUGCUUUUUAAACAAGAUGGAUAAAGCCGGAGCCAGCUUCACAUAUGCUGUUGAAAGCAUCAAAUCGAAACUGAAAGUCAAGCCCUUAUUAUUACAGUUGCCAAUUGGUGAGGGAAAAACCUUCAAAGGACUGGUGGACUUGGUCAGCAUGGAAACUAUUGUUUGGAGCCCUAGAGCCAGCGAGGAUGAUGGGAGAAUGUUUGAACAGAAAUCUGUGAAAGAUGCCCGUGAUCCAGAACUGCUGAAAAAUGCAAAUGAAGCAAGAAAUGUCUUAAUAGAACAAAUUGCAGAUCUGGAUGAUGAAUUCGCUGUGCUGAUCCUAGAUGAAUUCUCAGAACAUUUGGAUCAAAUACCAUUGGAAAAGUUACAGGCUGCAAUACGUAGAAUAACUCUAGCUCGGAUAGCAGUCCCUGUUCUAUGUGGCAGUGCUCUGAAGAAUAAAGGUGUGCAGCUUCUUCUUGAUGCAAUUGCGUUAUAUUUGCCAUCUCCAGAUGACUGCUCCCAUGACUUUGUGCAAUGGUAUCAGGGGGACCUUUGUGCUCUGGCAUUUAAGGUCUUGCAUGACAAACAGCGAGGACCAAUGGUGCUUCUUAGGAUUUACUCUGGAACCAUGAAAUCACAAUCAGCAGUGCAUAACAUUAACCAGGACUGCACGGAGAGGAUGAGCCGUUUGCUGUUGCCAUUUGCUGAUCAGCAUAUUGAAAUUCCGUCAUUGUCUGCUGGAAAUAUUGCACUUACUGUUGGACUUAAGCAGACUACAACUGGAGACACGAUUGUUUCUUCAAAAGCAGCAGCUGCUGCAGCCAUCCGUCGAGCUGGGCGAGAUAGUGCCAAAAAGACCAAAGAUGACAAGAUGCAGGGAAGUCUUGUGCUGGCCGGCGUAGAGAUUCCAGAGCCUGUCUUCUUUUGUACCAUAGAACCUCCUUCUAUGGCUAAACAGCCAGAUUUAGAAACUGCAUUAAAUUGUCUUCAAAGGGAAGAUCCAAGUUUAAAGGUGAAAACUGAUCCCGACUCUGGCCAGACAAUUCUCUGUGGAAUGGGAGAACUUCACAUUGAGAUCAUUCAUGACCGUAUCAAAAGGGAGUAUGGUCUUGAGACAUAUCUUGGACCUCUUCAGAUUGCCUACAGGGAAACCAUACUCAGUUCUUCCAUGGCCACAGACAUACUUGACAGAACAGUAGGAGACAACAGACACCUGGUGUCUACAGAGCUGGAAGUAAAACCCUUCACUGAAGAUGUUUCAGAGAAUAACCCAAUCAUUGAAUAUGGCGAAAACAUUUCUGACCACCUUCUCAAAGACUUCCAGGAAGCAAUAGAAAAUGGCAUUGAAAGUUCAUAUUUGCAAGGUCCCCUGCUUGGCUUCCCUGUGCAGGAUGUUGCAGUAACUUUGCAUGAUUUAAGUGUGCUGCCUGGCACAUCCAUUACAAUGGUGUCUGCUUGUGUUUCACGGUGUGUACAAAAGGCUAUGAAGAAAGCUGAAAAACAAGUGCUGGAGCCCCUGAUGAGACUUGAAAUAACUCUGAGUGAAGAUUAUCUUAGCUCUGUACUAGGAGAUCUUGCACAGAGGAGAGGCAACAUACAGGAAAUACAAAGCCGUUUAGAUAACAAAGUUGUGAUAGCAUCUGUUCCUCUGGCAGAAAUGAUGGGUUAUUCUACAGACCUGCGCUCUAUUACAUCAGGAUCUGCUACAUUUACUCUCGAAUUGUCCAACUAUGAAGCCAUGAACCCUCAGGACCAGAAGGCUUUGCUGAAGAAGAGGGGAUUUGUAUGAUCAAUUUGCAAAAACAAACUGCUCUUAGUGUUUACUUGUGGUUUCUCAACUGGUACAUUCUGAAAGCAAUGGUUGCUUUACUAAUCAAUGCACUUAUUCAGUAAACGUCUUACUUGUAAACAAGCAGAAAUGUCCACUUAACAUUUUCAUGUCUCAUACACACAAACAAAAUCUAUGUAAAAAUAUGUAUAAACCCAUUGCAGGUCACUUAACUCUAUCAGUAGUUGGCUGCCAAAGAUCCUACCAGGCAUUUAAUGCAUAAAGAAGUAAGGUAUUGUUUUAGUUUUGCAGAAUAUCAUUGACAAAAUACUUGUUUGUAUAGUAUUAUUUCAUUGAUUUUUCCUGGGAUGACACAGCAAGUGGAAAGCUGUUAUAUCCCAAAUAUUUAAAGGAACAGAAAAUGAAA